AUGCUCAAAGCUAUCACAAAAAGGUUGUUCUCAGAUCAUCGCUAUCUCCGCAAGCUUAAUCGUGAAAUGCGUUUUAACGAAGUCAAAGAAACCUACGAAAGCAUGAAAUUCUUCGACAAAGAAGAAGAAACCAAAUGCAAGCAACAAUACCUAUAUGCCUUAAAGUACAUUUCACCUCCAAAAUCAGAAAAAACCGAGAAACCAGCAUUCACAGGCUCUUCCGAAGUCCCUUUUCAAAACCUCUCUCAGCCAAUUUAUGUAAAACAACUCCAGCCUUCUCCAAGCUUCCCUACAAAACUUAUUGGAUAUUUAGGAUUUGCUGUAUGCUCAUUUGUAUUAUAUCAAAUGGUUAAACGAGAUUGGAGUGGAGGAUCGGGGAUGUUGGACUCCACUAAACACAUAAUUACAGCUGAAAAAACCAAUGUGACAUUUGACGAUGUCAGAGGUAUUGACGAAUGUCGAGAAGAAUUGUUAGAAAUCGUGGACUAUUUAAGCAACCCUGAAAAAUAUCAUUCAACUGGUGCAAAAAUGCCAAAAGGGAUCUUGAUGACUGGAAGGCCAGGAACUGGAAAAACCUUGCUUGCUAAGGCUAUUGCAGGGGAAUCUGGGGUGAAAUUUUAUUUCAAUUCAGGCUCAGAUUUCGAAGAAGUUUUUGUUGGGCUUGGAGCUAAAAGAAUUAGGGAGUUAUUCAAAGAAGCCAAAAGAAAUGCGCCUUGCAUCAUUUUUAUUGAUGAAAUAGAUGCAUUAGGGGCAAGCAGAAAAAGUAAAGACUUUAAUUAUAACAGACAAAGCUUAAACCAGCUGCUUGUAGAAAUGGAUGGAUUUGAGUCUAAAGAUAACAUUUUAGUGAUAGGAGCAACAAACUACCCAGAAAGUUUAGACCAUGCGUUAAAGCGAGCUGGGAGGUUUGAUAAAGUCAUUGAUAUCCCGAUGCCAGACAAAAAAGGCAGGACACAGAUUUUGGACCUGUAUUUGAAAAAAGUGUACCACGAUGAAACUGUAACUCCUGAAAUAGUGGCUAAGGGCACAAUUGGGAUGACAGGAGCUGAUUUGUCUAAUGUAGUAAAUUUAGCAGUCCUUAAUGCAGUCAAAGAGGGCAGAAGUGCUUGCAAUAUUCAUGACGUUGAAAAAUCUAUUGACAGAAUCCUUAUGGGUGUUGAGAGAAGAUCUCUAUCACUUACAGACGAAGAAAAACUCAACACAGCCAUACAUGAAGUCGGUCAUGCCCUAACUGCAGUCCUCACCAAAGGUGCUGACCCUCUACACAAAACUACAAUUCUCCCUCGCGGUCCUAGCCUAGGUAUGACUGUAAGCUUGCCUGACAAAGACAAGGUCAGUGUCAACCGAGAAGAAAUUCUUGCCAGAAUUGACGUCGCAAUGGGCGGAAGAGCAGCUGAAGAAAUAUUUUUAGGCAUCGACAACUUAACAACAGGCUGCAGCAGUGAUCUCGACAAAGCGACUCAGACAGCUUAUCAUUAUACCAAAGGUGGGAUGUUUGACGAAAUCACUGGACUUGUCAAUUUAAAUGCUCUUGAUGAAGACGGUGAAGGGGCGGCUCAGCGAGACUUGAUUGAUAAAGCCGUCAGAGAUAUUCUUGACGAAAGCUAUAAAAGGACCAAAGAAAAGCUGCUGAAAAACAAGUCCUUAUUGAUGUACAUUGCAAAGAAUUUAGUUGAAAGAGAAACGCUAACGCAAGAAGAGUUUUUUAGUUUGAUUAAAGAAUUCAACUAA